AUGAAGCGACUCCAACACUCCACCGCCCGCGCCUCGGCCGUUCUUCGCACUUCCUCCUCCGCUGGCGUUUCUUCGCGCCGUCUUGUUGCUUCGGGUGCCCAAAGUUUGACUACCUCGACGCGUGCGACUGCGCUCACCAGCCGAGCCCUGCCUCGUAUCGCGGGCACGCGAGCUCUCCAUGCCAGCGCCGGUCUUCGCGCGGCCGCUGCUGCCAACGCCGCAGGGGCGCCCGACAUGUUCUGCUUCCAGUGCGAGCAGACGAGGGACAACAAGGGCUGCAUGACCGUCGGCGUGUGUGGCAAGACUCCCGAGGUCGCCUCCCUGCAGGACCUCCUCAUCCACGCCACCAAGGGCGUCUCCAUCUACGCCAAGGGAGCCCGUGACCUUGGAGGCCUCUCGGACCGCGAGGUCGACAACUUCGUGCUGCGGGCCCUGUUCAGCACGGUGACCAACGUCAACUUCGACUCUGCCCGAUUCAACGCCUUCCUCAAGGAGGCCUACGACAUGAAGACCCGCGCCAAGGCCCUCUACGAGAAGGCCAAGGCCAGCGCCUCGCCUGCCGCGCUCGCCAAGGCCCAGGCCGAGGAGCAGCAGGAGGACCAGUGGCACCCCACCGCCUUCAAGUUCCACUCGGGUAUGAGCCUCGAAGAGCUCGAGGCCGAGGGACAUCGGGUGGGCGUGCUCCAGAGGCGGGAGGUCUACGGCCCGGAUCUGUCCGGUUUGCAGGAGAUGGCCAUGUACGGACUGAAGGGCAUGGCUGCCUACGCCGAGCACGCGUUCGUGCUGGGUCAGGAGAGCGACGAGGUGUUCGCCUUCUGCCACGAGGCCCUCGCCAGGCUGAGCCGCAAGAAUGAGCAGACACUGGAGGGUCUGCUGCAGCUGUGCCUCGACGUGGGCAAGGUGAACGUCGAGGUCAUGCGCCUCCUCGACCUGGGCGCCACCACGCGCUACGGCCACCCCAAGCCCACGCCCGUGCGCACCACCGCGGUCAAGGGCAAGUGCGCCCUCAUCUCCGGCCAUGACCUGCGCGAUCUCGAGGAGUUGCUCAAGCAGACCGAGGGCAAGGGCAUCAACAUCUACACGCACGGCGAGAUGCUGCCCGCGCACGGCUAUCCGGGCCUCAAGGAGAAGUACCCUCACCUUGUUGGCAACUACGGCGGUGCCUGGCAGCAGCAGAAGAUCGAAUUCUCGAGCUUCCCCGGUCCCAUCCUGAUGACCACUAACUGCAUCAUCGAGCCCAGGAAGAGCUACAAGAACCGCAUCUACACCCGAAGUGUUGUCGGUUGGCCCGGCGUGACGCACAUCCCCGACUACGACUUCUCGGCCCUGGUCGAGCAGGCUCUGGCGAUGGACGGCUUCGAGGAGGACGAGCCGGAGAAGAACACGACCAUGACCGGCUUCGCCCGCAACACGGUGCUGUCGGUGGCCGACAAGGUGGUGGACCUGGUGAAGAGCGGCGCCAUCAAGCACUUCUUCCUCAUCGGCGGUUGCGACGGUGCCGAGGGCGAGCGCAACUACUUCAAGGAAAUGGCCCUCAACACUCCCCAGGACACCAUGGUGCUCACGCUGGCCUGCGGCAAGUACCGGUUCAACAAGUUCUUCGACCAGUUCGGCACCAUCGGCGGCCUGCCCCGCAUGCUCGACAUCGGCCAGUGUAACGACGCCUACUCGGCCAUCCAGAUCGCGUCUGGUCUGCAGCAGGCGUUCGGCCUGAAGGACAUCAACCAGCUGCCGCUCUCCUUCGUCAUCUCGUGGUUCGAGCAGAAGGCCGUGGCGGUCUUCCUCACCCUGCUCCACCUCGGCAUCAAGAACGUCUACCUCGGACCUCAGCUGCCGGCUUUCGCCACGCCCGCCAUGCUCGACAUCCUGGUCAAAUCCUACGGCGUCAAGCAGAUCAACAACGUGCAGGCCGACAUGAAGACCAUGCUUGCGCGCCCGUAG